AUGGCCUGGGACCAGCCCGGUGCCCAGGGCGAAAGGCAGCAGGCGCAGACACAGGACUGGGAGGUAGCAGGGGGCCCCCAGGGCUGGGCAGAGUCUGGGGGGCUCUCCGAGGGUCUUUCACAGACAGCCCACCUGGGAAAUUCUAUGACGGGCCUUUCCGUUACUGACGUCUUUCCAGCCUCCUGCCUUGUGCUGACCACCCUCCUCUACCGGCCCCUUGCCACCUCGGCCAGCUCGGAGGACCGCUACUGCCUGCCGCCUCCUGGCCCCAGCGGGAAGGGCCGUGGCUGCUGUGAGGACUUCCCAGGGCAGGGCCCGACCCUCGCGCAGAAAAGCGGGCUGAGGGGGUGGGGCCUGGGCGUCCAGGCGCAGAGGCGCUGCCGAGAGCCGCCACAGGCCGCGGGACCGGAGGCGCCCCGGCCCCUGGAGGCCGAGCUGGAUCCUGGGGAAGAGCGAGCCGACUGCUCUCCGAGCGGGGUGCGGAGGGUCGGCGGGCGCGGGACCCGCGGCGCGCAGGUGUGGCCAGCGCCGACCGCCUCCCUGUCCCCGCAGGUGUGCGAGCCGCCCGAGAGCAGGUGCCCGAACCGCCAAUGGAGCGUUAGCAUCGACGAGCGUCGGCGGCUGGCCACGCAAGGCGGCUGGGAGGAGCCCGGCACCGGCGGGCCUCCCCUCUACUGCAGGGACAUCGCGCAGCUCGUGGCCCAGCUGGUGUCCGAGGACGUGGACAAGGACGUGCUCCUCCCCCACCCUCUGAGGUCUUCUGAGUCCGCCAACGCCUUCCACGCCUUCCUGGCCCGGAGCGCGCCUUUCUGGCAGACCGUGACUUUGGAGGCGCAGGACUCGAGGUCACCACCCUUCCAAGAGCCGACUUAG